CUCUUGCAGUCGUUCAGGCUAGCAGAGAGGCAGGCGAUUGGCUGAGGGGGAGAAUAGCGUCACGGCCACAGUGAGGGGAGCUCUGAGGAUGCACGGCUGAGCUGGGAGGAAACACAUUACAUUCACUGGGAGUUUGCAUGGAGAAGAGCUGAGCCUUCAACCAGCUGCAUCCUGGGAAGUGGCGCCUUCUGCAAAUUAAUCCGACCCUCAGGUGACAUCGUUUGGCCUCGACCGUUCCCCUAAGGACUCUUCACAUCCAGCCCUUGUUGAUUCGUCUGCUCUGUCUGCUCUAACAGCCCUCCAUCUUCUCCAGCUAUGAAUUACCUGCGUCGGCGCCUCUCUGACAGCACCUUCAUCUCCAACCUUCCCAAUGGCUACAUGACGGACCUCCAGAGGCCUGACCCUGCUCAGCCUCCUCCCCCAGCUACAGCAGGCCCAGCCAAGUCUCCCACGGCUGGGACCACGCCGCCCGCCACCUCCCCUACCCCCUCCCCGGCCCCGGAGAGGAAACCCCAGCAGUCACAGUCCAGUGGGGCAGGCUUCUUCAGCUCCAUCACCAACGUAGUCAAGCAGACUGCGGCCUCGGCAGGACUGGUGGAGCAGACCACGGUCACGACGCCCAAGAAGUUUAAGAUCCUCCUGGUCAUCGACGAACCACAACAGGAAUGGUGAGGCAACAUACUGUGUCUUGCUGUAGAAUGGUGUGAUGUAAUGAUGUGAAUUAUUGAUGUGUUGAUGUAUGUGUUGUUUGUGUUCUGUAACGUUGGAGCUGCCCUCUUGGCCAGGUCACUGUUGUAAAACAGAUAUUCUGCUCAGGUUCCUUCUUGAAAAGAGGAGCUCUCAGAUGGACCUGGCUUGUGGUAAAGUAAUGGUUAAAACAACCUGUCUGCAGAUCAGAUUUGAUCAGGUUACUGCUGUGGGUGGUCUAAUGCCAGUGCAUGUCGCUCUAAUGACAAAACACAGAUGCUGCUGCUCAGGAGGAGAGGAGGAAACAAAGUCCACUGACUGACUCACCAUGUUAAUGACAUUACAGCAUCAGGGAGUCUUUUUAUUGCUUGCCUCACCCAAAUACAGUGGUUUCCUGCAGUAAUUGACAGGCAUUCAGUGGUUUAUGUCCUUUUUGACAUGAUUCACAUUUCAAAAUGACAGAUUGGCCUUGCAGCAGGAGGACAAUUCUAUAUAUUUUGAGGAGGGUUGACUUGGUAUUCCAAGAAACCCAUGUGCAUUCUGCUGCUAUUUUUUAUAUUAGGUCAGUUUCUUGCAACCACCUGUGAGCAUGCGCCAGACUUAAACCCAUUUAAUUGAUUAGUCUGUUCAACCCAGUGCACUCUUUCGUGGCUUUGCAUCAUUGUGGAGAAAGGCAAUUGCAUGAAUAUUCAACAGCCAGUGUGGGCAUGGGAAAAUGCAUGUGUCUUUUCACUAUUGAGUAAAGACUGCAGUGCUUUCCAGUCAUCAUUGAGGUUCCCUUUCCCUUCCCGCUCAAUGAUAGGAUCCCUGGUCACACGACCACCUGUCUACCAUCACAGAGAGUCAAUCCACAGACUUUAUCUUUGGCCAGUCAUGCAAAGACAACACAUGGCAUCAUUGUAUGAAUAGGUGAUACAUAGGCUAGUAGUAGCACUUGAAGAAAUUGAGUUAAAAAUGAUGUUAUGUGUGUGCUCUGCAUUACAAUGCUAGUUCAGGCGGACACCUCUCUUUAAUGCUGUGUGUUGAGUAGGAGGCAGGCAGGAGAGAAGGCAGAUCAUGACAUGAAUCCAAAGAGCAGAUGGCAUAUAUUAAAGGCCCAAUGCAGCUGUUUUUUUGUCUGAAUAUCAAAUCAUUUCUGGACAACAAUUAAGUACCUUACUGUAAUAGUUUUGCAUUAAAAUUGUCAAAAAGAAACAGAAAUAGCUUUUUAGCAAAAACUAUUUCUCAAGCAAGAAUUUUACUAAGAUGGUCUGGGAGUGGUCUGAGUGAGGAGGGGGAGGGAUAUGUAAUCAGAAAACUAGUUGUUAUUGGCAGAGAGGUUUGUAACUCUCUUUGUUAUUGGUCUAUAUGAACUUAUACUGCCUGGUGAUGUCACCAGUCAGGCCAAAACUCUACCCAUGCAAAAACCCUGCUGAUUAGAAGUAUGUUUCAUCAGCUGUUGUACAAUAUGAUACAAAACACAGGAAAAACUGAAUUUUGACUGCACUGGGCCUUUAAAGGGUUUUCACAGCAGCACUGACAGGUAGCUGUUGGCUCUCCUAAGAGCUACUUUAAUAAUAUUUUUCCAAUGUUCUGUAAAAUCGCAUAUCUUGCUUUGAAGAGGUAAAUGCAAAAUAUAUUGUAGAUAGUAGGCCUACAUUAUCACAUACCAGAGUCAUGAAGAAGGUAGCAUGAAGAUCAAUGUUUUUAGAUUUUGUGAUUGUUUUGUGAUUCUUGCUAUGUGUUUUGUCUUGUGAAUUCACAUUAACUAGGUAUAUUUGCUUCUAUGUAGUGUUGAUGGUUACUUGUUUGAAAAGGGUUCCUCAGCAUCUGCUGAUUUUCCUCAGACAUGUGUAGCUAUAUACAGUAGGCUAUGUGCAGUAGGCUAUAUAGAGUGGUCUAUAUGCAGAUGGAAACUGUAGCCUGAGGGACACAUCUGCAUUUGGAUGACAUGUUGCUUUCUGGAGAGUGGCUAUUCCAGGUUGAGUCCUGUGUGUGUGCAUGAUUCAUCUCACCAUGCAAAAUGGCUGCUACUACAAUAACAAAGGCAGAGUGGACGGAUAACGUUUAUUGGCAUUUGGCAUACUGCAGAUGCAUUUAUGAUAUUGGUGUGUAUGUUGAAUCAGUGCAAGCUCCUUUUAACAAUGAGGAUCACUAUGCUUGCACUGCGGAUAUAGCCUAUAGCCUAAGUAAUGCUAGAUAUUUGAAUACACGUCACAUUGUAUCACGGCUGAGGGAGCCCAUUUAGGUAAUAGAAACCCAGAUAAAUCCUAAUAAGAUCAUACUCAUGGCAUUUUAAAUGAUGCCAUGUUUUUUGGCUCCACAUAAGAGCAGACAGUCAACGACCUGAGAAUAAAUAUAAUCAUUGUUUUCUUAUGGGAUAUGGGAAUGCAUCUAUAAUCAUUAAAUAAUCAUUAAAUGUACCUGGAUUGUUUUCGGUCUAAUACCACAUACAGUAAUGCGAAUCAUGACCGGACUAUCUGCACUGACUCUAUGCACACUCACAGGACUAUCCACACACUCACACAUACUUACACUAACAUACACACAUACACUUAUAUACACACACACACAUAACCCACAAACACAUUCACACGCAUACCGAUGCCACAAACACAUACUUACAUACACUUACAUACACACACACAUAACCCACACACGCAUACUGACACCGCACACACACACACACACACUUUCACACAUGUACACAUUCACUAAUCAUAUAUGCUGCUGCUACUUUGUUUUUUUACUAUUAUUAUAAUAAUAAUAAUUAUUAUUAUCUAUCCUGAUGCCUAGUCACUUUACCCCUGCCUUAAUGUACAUACAGUACCUACCUCAACUACCUGGUACCCCUGCACAUUGAUACAGUACUCCCCGUAUAUAGCCCUAUUCUUGCAUGUUUUUAUUUAUCUUGUGUCUUUACUCAAUUAUUUUGAACUGGGAAAGAGCUUGUAAGUAAGCAUUUCCCUAUAAGGUCUACACCUGUUGUAUUCACUGCAUGUGACAAAUAACAUUUGAUUUGACAUCAAAAACAGUUAUGGAAACAUUGAAGACAUCUGAGUAAAUUACGUUACCUUUCACAUACCAGCCGUAGAGCCAUUACUUUUCUAUUAUUUCUCUAUUUUCUUUCUCUCUCUAUUGUUGGGAAGGGUCCGUAAGUAAGCAUUUCACUGUUAGUCUACACUUGUUAUUUACGAAGCAUGUGACGAAUACAAUUUGAUUUGAUGCCUCUCCUGGCAUCGUUAGCUGUUUCCCUGUUUCAUGUUUCCACCACUUAGCCACUAGAGAGACCUGCCACUCGCUCCCAAAGCCUGCCUCAGGCUCAGCACCACAUCUACAUUUCAUGUGUAGAUGUGGCUCUGUCGUAGCCGGCCGCGACCGGGAGACCCAUGGGGCGGCGCACAAUUGGCCCAGCGUCGUCCAGGGUAGGGGAGGGAAUGGCCGGCAGGGAUGUAGCUCAGUUGGUAGAGCAUGGCAUUUGCAACGCCAGGGUUGUGGGUUCGAUUCCCAUGGGGGGCCAGUAUGAAAAAUUGUAUGCACUAACUGUAAGUCGCUCUGGAUAAGAGCGUCUGCUAAAUGACUAAAAUGUAAAUGUAUGUGUCUACAAUAACAGUGAUUCAGUUCUGAGGCCCUCUCACCUUUUACACUCUUUGGGAUUGGUGACCAACAGCAAUCUGUUAAACAGUAGGAGAGCUAGCUAGGGGACUUUUGCCUCUGUCUGAUUGCCCCAUUGAUUGUGUAAUUUCUCGUUACUCUUUGGCCUUUUAGCUUGCGGUUGUAUUUCAUAAGGAUGAGCUGUUUAUGACUGUAGGUUUUUACUUAGGCGUUGACAUUAGCUUGUCUUUCAGUGCCCAGUAAAAUAUCCGUAUUAGCAUGUCUGUGGUGGUGAUUCAUUGUUAAUAAAGGUUACUGAUGUCACCAUAAAGAGCAUAGGCCUAAUUACAUAUAUAGAUGUGAUGAAUACGUAAUCACUUAAUUGUCUUUGAGUCUGGAAUAUUGGAAUACAAGAUAUUCUGUUUGAACAAGAACAGUAUUUAACCCAUAAAAUUAUCAGAUAUCUACUUCAGACAAUAUUUUACAACUUUAGUGUUUCCUACAUCUCCUCCGUUUUCAGACCUGAUCAUUUUUAGUCUGUAGGCCAACCUCAUGUGACGUCAGCUCUGAACUCUUGGCUAGAGGGGCUUUGAGGGUUGUGUUUUAGUGUUGGAGGGGCGGUUUCUGGGUCAGAAAUGUUGUGCCCUGUGCAGGAGAUAAAGACAGAGGCUGACAAGCCCCAGUAUAGUAGCCUUAGGACAUACACUGAAAUGGAAUCCGACAGGAAUACUCCAGACUCACUAACACAACAGAAGGCUAAGCUAGGCUAUGACCACUGGUUUCAGGCCUAAACACAAACCUGCUGCUGAUUAUUGCAUGGUAGCAAUGCGCUAACAUCUUUCACAGUUUAUGUCCUUAUUAUUAUAGUUGUGAAUGUUGUUGCUGACAGUACUUGUUUCUUGGCAUUAUCACUGCAGGCAUUUAAUAAACCUUUCCUCCCCUUCUCUCCUACUCAACUAUCUUAAUGAGACUGUUAGUUGCUAUGGAGAGCUAGACAAAUUAACUUGCUAGAAACCAAACAGAGAAUUUUCUCAAAAUGUGAUAAACUGGAGAAUAGCACACUAGUAUAAUGACCAAAGCUUGCCUCAGUGACAGUGAUUAUGCCAAAUCAUCCCUCCAUUAGUGUGAUUAUAUAUUUAGCUAAUCUAAUGAAAAUGCAAUUAGAAGUAAUUGCUUCAAGUAUUUCACAGUGUCAUGUUUUUUGUGAAAAUGAUAUUUGUCUUUAUGUGGCGUAUUCUAGCUUUUUGUGAAUAGAUCCUGGCUUCUGUAGUCGUAUGAAAGGGUAUUGUUUCAGCAUGAUGACACUCUCCCACUGUGUACCACAUAUAUCAUGCUGUCCUUGUAGCAGAGAUCAUGGCUCUAGGACUGACCCCAGGCCUGUACGUAUAUCAGAUCAACCGUCUGACACUGCUGCCCUCAAAUGCCUAAUUAUCCUAGCUUUACAUUUACAUUAACUCCUCUUUCCAUGUACAAUGCAAAUAAUGCCAUGAAGUGUACAAUUCCCUUGUCAAAGUAUGUUAUCUGCAUCUGCCUCCUAUACAUUUAGCAUGAGCAUACUGUGGUGUCAGAGGUUGUUGAGCUGGAGUUGAACUGUCUAAAGAUGCACUACAGCCAAAGGCCUAAGACAACGUGUUAUCUGUUAUUAAAGUGUUAUCUAGAGAACAGUCUUCCUUUAUGAAACCCUAACAGAAAUGGGACAGCACUCACUCACUCACAGAAUAGCUGCUCAGUGCAAUAUCAUCCUGCCUCAGAAGGAAACAUCAGAACAAAGCAGCACUUCUAGUCCCUGGCUGCUCUUUGCCUGCUACCUGUUGGAAGUGGCAUGGCAAUUUCCCCUCGACUGACAGACUUUCAAAUGGCUUUAAGAUUACAUACUCUCUAGUGGUUCUGUAUUGACUUUGUGCAUUGUAGGAAUGAAGCAUGUAGGCCAGAUCACCAUUACCAUUAUACUGGAUGUGUCACAAAUAUGGCAUGCUAAAGACGCCUCUUCAGAUCUCAUUGAUAUACUAGCAUGGUGAGAUGAGUUGGACUACUGCUUGAGUUGCUCUGUUUCAGAGGUUUGGAGAUCAGAUAAAAUAAGUAGUAGAAUAAGUAAUAGCAAUUUCCUGAAGACAGAAAUAAACACAGAAAUAUAGGAGAUUAUAAACUGGGUGGUUCGAGCCCUGAAUGCUGAUUGGCUGAAAGCCAAGAUAUAUCAGACCGUAUAGCAUGGGUAUGACAAAAAUACAUAUUUUUACAGGUCUAAUUACAUUGAUAACCAGUUUAUAAUAGCAAUAAGGCACCUCAGGGUUUUGAAGUAUAUGUCCAAAAUACCACGGCUAAGGGCUGUAUCCAGGCACUCCGCGUUGCGUCGUGCAUUAGAUCUGCCCUUUGCCGUGGUAUAUUGGCCAUAUACCACACCCCAUUGGGCCUUAUUGCUUCAGGACUAGAAGCUUCCCCUAACCUCUGAUAAAGGAUCAGAUGGUUACGGUUAGGAUUGGGUAUGUCUUGUGACAGGAAUGCUGUGCUAUACAUCACAAGGUGGACAAGGACAGAUGGAACUGUCUCACUUAUCAGACAAGUGUCAGAGGUUUGCUCUUGCCUCGUACAGUAGAGAGACAGCAAUAGCCAUUACUCAUUCACUCAGUGUUGUAGAGUGGAGGUCACAUACUGACUAGGAAAAUUAAGACAAAAUAGGCCUGUUAGUCAGACUUGCAGUGCAAAAUUAUCAUAAUUAAGUUUGCCUUUGUUUGACAUAUUCAUCUAAAUCAACUAAUCACUGGUUAUUUGGUAAAUCACUGAUCAAACGGAAGGCACUAUUAACUGUCUUGGCCAUGUUUUCACAAUGGGAGGAAGCAAAUGUUAAUGAUACAUUAGUAUUCAGGUAGGCUUAUGCAUGCCUCCAUCCCACCCCAACCUGUCAAACUCAUCUCUGAAUCAUCUCACUCUUUCAGAAACAAAUAUUUUUAGAGGCCAUUUGAAAUACGUUGUGCAAUUGAGCAUCUGAACUGUCCUAUUUUCAUGCAAACAAUUUGAUUACCUCCGGCUAUUGUUUCUCCAUCCUAACCUGCUCAAGCAAUCUGCAAUCUGCAAUUUGCAUAGCAAUGUGAUUCCAUCAGUCAGUGAAGAUCAACAGAUGCCUUUAGCUCGCUCUUCUGUUUCUCAUUACUUCUUUCAUUUGUCUCCUCAAUGUCCAUGUUGAUUUACAGAAAUUAGCUACUGGAAUGCCCCUCCAAUAUUUGCUCUUGUGCUCUCUCUCUCUCUCUCUCUCUCUCUCUCUCUCUCUCUCUCUCUCUCUCUCUCUCUCUCUCUCUCUCUCUCUCUCUCUCUCUCUCUCUCUCUCUCUCUCUCUCUCUCUCUCUCUCUCUCUCUCUCUCUCUCUCUCUCUCUCUCUCUCUCUCUCUCUCUUUCACUCAUAAUCCUUAAGAGUCUAUCUAAUUAACAUAAUAUAACAAUCUCCAUAAAAAUCUGUCAAUUUAAGAUAGAGAUAUGUUUUUUUGCAUGGGCUACAUCUCAAUCCACAGCAUCCGCCUAUGUCGGCCUCCCGCAUUUGGGGUGGAAAGUGGCAGAGCUACAGCGCUGUUUGUAAGGCCAGGAGACAUCCUGAAAAUCGGUCUUCUCAUGAAAAUGUCUGUAGCAUCCGAACUCAUAUGACCACUCUAUGGAAAGAUGAUACUCUCAUGAACAGGAUGGUGUUUCUCCAUUUUGCUCUACGACCCCCACAAGCCCAACGGGACACGUCUGAAGUUGGUACCACCGAUUUGCAAACUUCUGUAUGUAGCGUCCGAACCGUUUGGCCUACAAACAAAUAUGACCCCACUAUGGAAACGGGAGACUCUCACGAACACGAUGGUGUUCUCCAUUUUGCUGUACAACCAGGUACUGGUGUAAAAAAUUAAUGGAAGUAUGGUGGUAGUUUUGUGCCAACAAAAAAAUGGGGUUAAAUAUAUGAAAAAAAACAAAAACAAAAAAAAACAUAUUUCCUGAUCUUUCUUAAACUGUAUCUCCGAGAUAUAGGAAAGAAACUUCAAAACCUUAUUCCUUAUGAUUUAUUUUUUGACUGUCUGUUUUGCCAUUUAUGAAUGUGUUAUUCAAUGCGUUUCUAUGGGCUAUAGUAGUAAAGGCCAAAUUCAAUAUUUAAUCAAAUAAUUAUUUUAACAAGUGGCAUGUACUUCAUUUAAUGCAGGAAGGUGUUGUUAGCAUGUGCAAUGGUCAGGGUGCAGAGCAAAAAAGCAAAGAUCAAUCAGUUGAUUGUAGGUUUAAUUAUCUUUGCCUCAAUGCAUAGGCCUAUUUAAUGUAACCAACUGGGGUUUGAACCCAGGCCUCCUGGGAUCAAUAAAACUGUGUUAACUCGCUGAGCUAAAAUCUAAGCAUUAACUAGGGAAACUAAUGCAGGUAUUCAGGUGUCAAGGAAGGUUACUCAUCAUGUGAGUGUGAUUCUGAACCACCUCCGCUAUACACAUACAUUCAGUACAUCCUCCACAAGUAGGAACUGAAUCAGGGAGACAGUCGUGAUACCCAUUCCUUAAACCAACACUGACCUAUCUACAAUUUCAGGCAUUGUCACUGUGGUUCUGUUUCUGAGUCAUGUCUUUGGCAGCCCCACAUAUAUCAAUUUAUCAUAACACAGAUAAUCUACAGGCUUUUCAUUCCCUGUGACUGUGCUGCUGUGACUCAUAUUCAGAUUAUUGUUUUCCUCCACAGCCACAGAUAAAUCCCAGACUCAAAUUAGAUCAGCAAUAAAUUAUUCAGCCAGUCCUCACUAGGGUGUGUUUGACAAACGGUACUGACAUGAAACAAACAAGUAGAAGAUAUAUCGAAUCAUUUUUCCAAUAGUAUUUUUCUUCUGCUAGUAGGCUUCGGUGCUCACUGCUAUGUGUCAUUUCAAUAGAAAGUUGAAUAUAUGCUGGCCAUUGAAACUUUGUAUGGCUCUACUGUAGGCCUAUAUGCAGCACCUUUUGGUUACUUUGGCCAUUGAACUAUACAGCAGCAUUUUAGAGAAGGUUUGUCAGAAGACUGUUUGGGGUUUUAGACCUCCGUAGAGAACAGCCAUUUUGUAAUCUUUAGUGGAGGAGUAUCCCAUUGAAAUCUGUACACUUCUCUACAGCAUGGUUCCAGUUGAAGUUUCGGCCAUUGAAAAGCUUGACAUAGUUCAUUGGCUAAGAGCAACACCAUGGCAACACUGACGAGAGGAGAGGCAAUGCUUUCAACAGUCCCCUGACACUUAGUUUGUUUCAGGUCACUAAGUUUGUCUCCAUUGAUUAACCUCCCUUCCCCUCGCUCAUCACUUUAAGAGCAUGACGAAGGUCUCCUCUCUUUGUCUGUGGUUCAAUUCAAUAAAUGCACUGUGUAUGGGUUCAAUAAUGCCCAGCCUGCCUGUCUGCAGAGAAUGAGUGCCAGUACCUCUGUACAGACAUAGCUCAAUGCUAAGCUGAUAUUAACACUGGAUGCGCUAUUGAGCCAGAUAAUUUCAGCCAUUUUAUGGAAUUGUAAAAUGAAUCUCGUUCUGAGGGCUUUUGACUGCAAUGCACCAUUCAGGUAAGAUCCACUAGAUGGAAGCAAAUGCUGCAACACGGGGGACUACUUAAAUUUCAUAAAAGGACUAAAACUAAUCAUAACAUAAAAAAGUGAUUAGUAGUGGAGAUGACACUACCUUGACUUUAUCACUUUAACAAUUCGCCAUGACAUGUUUAUCUGAGGGGAAUGUGUCACAAGACAGAAUGUUUUGGUAAUGGUGUGGUGUGUAUUUAAAGUCUUUGCUCCAUAAAAUCCAUAUUGAUGCAUUUUAAAGUCAAUGAAGUGUGUCUUAUUCAAUAUUGACUGGAGCCAUUUGUGAUUGUAAAUUGAUGGAAGGCGUUCACAAAGAAACGUGAUCACAAGGAAUCAAUAGCAGAAGGAUCUAUCAGUGUUAUCUCACCAUGUCCUCUAAAGGUUAAUCAAUUAUCUUCCCUGUUGCCUAGGGCCAAACUCUUCAGAGGGAAGAAAGUACACGGAGAUUAUGACAUCAAAGUGGAACAGGUAAGCCUCGAUAGGCAAACUGCGUCGAUUUACUUUUGGCAUCUGUCUCAGAUAGAGUUGUCUACAUAGAUACUUUUAUUCCAUUCCAGCCAAUACAUAUACAGUUGAAGUCGGAAGUUUACAUACACCUUAGCCAAAUACAUUUAAACUCAGUUUUUCACAAUUCCUGACAUUUAAUCCUAGUAAAAAUUCCCUGUCUUAGGUCAGUUAGGAUCACCACUUUAUUUUAAGAAUGUGAAAUGUCAGAAUAAUAGUAGAGAGAAUGAUUUAUUUCAGCUUUUAUUUCUUUCAUCACAUUCCCAGUGGGUCAGAAGUUUACAUACACUCAAUUAGUAUUUGGUAGUAUUUGUUGUCCUUUGUUGUCCUUAAGCCAUUUUGCCACAACUUUGGAAGUAUGCUUGGGGUCAUUGUCCAUUUGGAAGACCCAUUUGCGACCAAGCUUUAACUUCCUGACUGAUGUCUUGAGAUGUUGCUUCAAUAUAUAUCCACAUAAUUUUCCUUCCUCAUGAUGCCAUCUAUUUUGUGAAGUGCACCAGUCCCUCCUGCAGCAAAGCACCCCCACAGCUUCACGGUUGGGAUGGUGUUCUUCGGCUUGUAAGCGUUCCCCUUUUUCCUCCAAACAUAACGAUGGUCAUUAUGGCCAAACAGUUCUAUUUUUGUUUCAUCAGACCAGAGGGCAUUUCUCCAAAAAGUACGAUCUUUGUCCCCAUGUGCAGUUGCAAACCGUAGUCUGGCCUUUCUAAGGCGGUUUUGGAGCAGUGGCUUCUUCCUUGCUAAGCAGCCUUUCAGGUUUUGUCGAUAUAGGACUUGUUUUUCCUCCAGCAUCUUCACAAGGUCCUUUGCUGUUGUUCUGGGAUUGAUUUGCACUUUUCGCACCAAACUACGUUAAUCUCUAGGAGACAGAGCGCGUCUCCUUCCUGAGCGGUAUGACGGCUGCGUGGUCCCAUGGUGUUUAUACUUGCGUACUAUUGUUUGUACAGAUGAACGUGGUACCUUCAGGCAUUUGGAAAUUGCUCCCAAGGAUGAACCAGACUUGUGGAGGUCUACAAAUUGUUUUCUGAGGUCUUGGCUGAUUUCUUUUGAUUUUCCCAUGAUGUCAAGCAAAGAGGCAUGAGUUUGAAGGUAGGCCUUGAAAUACAUCCACAGGUACACCUCCAAUUGACUAAAAUUAUGUCAAUUAGCCUAUCAGAAGCUUCUAAAGCCAUGACAUCAUUUUCUGGAAUUUUCCAAGCUGUUUAAAGGGACAGUCAACUUAGUGUAUGUAAACUUCUGACCCACUGGAAUUGUGAUACAGUGAAUUAUAAGUGAAAUAAUUUGUCUGUAAACAUUUGUUGGAAAAAUUACUUGUGUCAUGCACAAAGUAGAUAUCCUAACCGACUUGCCAAAACUAUAGUUUGUUAACAAGAAAUUUGUGGAGUGGUUGAAAAACAAGUUUUAAUUACUCCAACCUAAGUGUAUGUAAACUUCCCACUUCAACUGUAUACAGUGCCUUGCAAAAGUAUUCAUCCCCCUUGGCGUUUUUCCUAUUUUGUUGCAUUACAACCUGUAAUUUAAAUGGAUUUUUAUUUGGAUUUCAUGUAAUAGACAUACACAAAAUAGUCCAAAUUGGUGAAGUGAAAUGAAAAAAAUUACUUGUUUCAAAAAAUUCGAAUAAAUAAAUAACGGAAAAGUGGUGCGUGCAUAUGUAUUCACCCCCUUUGCUAUGAAGCCCCUAAAUAAGAUCUGGUGCAACCAAUAACCUCCAGAAGUCACAUAAUUAGUUAAAUAAAGUCCACCUGUGUGCAGUCUAAGUGUCACAUGAUCUGUCAAAUGAUCUCAGUAUAUAUACACCUGUUCUGAAAGGCCCCAGAGUCUGCAACACCACUAAGCAAAGGACACCACCAAGCAAGCGGCACCAUGAAGACCAAGGAGCUCUCCAAACAGGUCAGGGACAAAGUUGUGGAGAAGUACAGAUCAGGGUUGGGUUAUAAAAAAAUAUCAGAAACUUUGAACAUCCCACGGAGCACCAUUAAAUCCAUUAUUACAAAAUGGAAAGAAUAUGGCACCACAACAAACCUGCCAAGAGAGUGCCACCCACCAAAAGUCACAGACCAGGCAAGAAGGGCUUUAAUCAGAGAGGCAACAAAGAAAUAUAACCCUGCAAAAGGAGCUGCAAAACUCACAGCAGAGAUUGGAGUAUCUGUCCAUAGGACCACUUUAAGCCGUACACACCACAGAGCUGGGCUUUACGGAAGAGUGGUCAGAAAAAACCCAUUGCUUCAAGAAAAAAAUAAGCAAACACGUUUGGUGUUCGCCAAAAGGCAUGUGGGAGACUCCCCAAACAUAUGGAAGAAGGUACUCUGGUCAGAUGAGACUAUAAUUGAGCUUUUUGGCCAUCAAGGAAAACUCUAUGUCUGGCGCAAACCCAACACCUCUCAUCACCCCGAGAACACCAUCCCCACAGUGAAGCAUGGUGGUGGCAGCAUCAUGCUGUGGGCAUGUUUUUCAUCGGCAGGGACUGGGAAACUGGUCAGAAUUGAAGGAAUGAUGGAUGGCGCUAAAUAAAGGGAAAUUAUUGAGGGAAACCUGUUUCAGUCUUCCAGAGAUUUGAGACUGGGAUGGAGGUUCACCUUCCAGCAGGACAAUGACCCUAAGCAUACUGCUAAAGCAACACUCAAGUGGUUUAAGGGGAAACAUUUAAAUGUCUUGGAAUGGCCUAGUCAAAGCCCAGACCUCAAUUCAAUUGGGAAUUUGUGGUUUGACUUAAAGAUUGCUGCACACCAGCAGAAUCCAUCCAACUUGAAGGAGCUGGAGCAGUUUUGCCUUGAAGAAUGGGCAAAAAUCCCAGUGGCUAGAUGUGCCAAGCUUAUAGAGACAUACUCCAAGAGAGCUGCAGCUGUAAUUGCUGCAAAAGGUGGCUCUACAAAGUAUUGACUUUCGGGGGGUGAAUAGUUAUGCACGCUCAAGUUUUUUUUGUCUUAUUUGUUGUUUGUUUCACAAUAAAAAAUAUUUUGCAUCUUCAAAGUGGUAGGCAUGUUGUGUAAAUCAAAUGAUACAAACCCACCAAAAAUCCAUUUUAAUUCCAGGUUGUAAGGCAACAAAAUAGGCAAAAUGCCAAGGGGGGUGAAUACUUUCGCAAGGCACUGUAGCUCCUCCCACCAGCCUCCUCUGAUCUAUGCUGUAUUUAUGACUAUUGAUAUACACUACCGGUCAAAGGUUUUAGAACACCUACUCAUUCAAGGGUUUUUCUUUAUUUUUACUAUUUUCUACAUUGUAGAAUAAUAGUGAAGACAUCAAAACUAUGAAAUAGCACAUAUGGAAUCAUGUAGUAACCAAAAAAGUGUUAAAAGUUAAAUAUAUUUUAUAUUUGAGAUUCUUAAAAUAGCCACCCUUUGCCUUGAUGAUAGCUUUGCACACUCUUGGCAUUCUCUCAACAAGCUUCAUGAGGUAGUCACCUGGAAUGCAUUUCAAUUAACAGGUGUGCCUUCGUAAAAGUUAAUUUGUGGAAUUUCUUUCCUUCUUAAUGCAUUUGAGCCAAUCAGUUGUGUUGUGACAAGGUAGGGGGGGGGGGGGGGUAUACAGAAGACAGUCCAUCAUUACUUUAAGACAUGAAGGUCAGUCAAUAUGGAACAUUUCAAGAACUUUUAAAGUUUCUUCAAGUGCAGUCGCAAAAACCAUCAAGCACUAUGAUGAAAAUGGCUCUCAUGAGGACCGCCUCAGGAAUGGAAGACCCAGAGUUACUUCUGCUGCAGAGGAUAAGUUCAUUAGAGUUACCAGCCUCAGAAAUUGCAGCUCAAAUAAAUACUUCACAGAGUUCAAAUAACAGACACAUCUCAACAUCAACUGUUCAGAGGAGACUGUGUGAAUCAGGCUUUCAUGGUCGAAUUGCUUCAAAGAAACCACCACUAAAUGACACCAAUAAGAAGAAGAGACUUGCUUGGGCAAAGAAACAUGAGCAAUGGACAUUAGACCGGUGGAAAUUUGUCCUUUGGUCUGGUGUCCAAAUUUGAGAUUUUUGGUGCAACCGCUGUGUCUUUGUGAGACGUGGUGUGGGUGAACGGAUGAUCUCCGCAUGUGUAGUUCCCACCGUAAAGCAUGGAGGAGGUGUUAUGGUGUGGGGGUGCUUUGCUGGUGACACUGUCUGAGAUUUAUUUAGAAUUCAAGGCACACUUCACCAGCAUGGCUACCACAGCAUUCUGCAGCAAUACUCCAUCCCAUCUGGUUUGGGCUUAGUGGGACUAUCAUUUGUUUUUCAACAGGACAAUGACCCAACACACCUCCAGGCUGUGUAAGGGCUAUUUUCCCAAGAAAGAGGGUGAUGGAGUGCUGCAUCAGAUGACCUGGCCUCCACAAUCCCCCGACCUCAACCAAAUUUGAGAUGUUUUGGGAUGAGUCAGACCGCAUACUGAAGGAAAAAGCAGCCAACAAGUGCUCAGCAUAUGUGGGAACUCCUUCAAGACUGUUGGAAAAGCAUUCCAGGUGAAGCUGGUUGAGAAAAUGCCAAGAGUGUGCAAAGCUGUCAUCAAGGCAAAGGGUGGCUAUUUGAAGAAUCUCAAAUAUAAAAUAUAUCUUCAUUAUGUUUAACACUUUUUUGGUUACUACAUGAUUCCAUAUGUGUUAUUUCAUAGUUUUGAUGUCUUCACUAUUAUUCUACAAUGUAGAAAAUAGUAAAAAUAAAGAAAAACCCUUGAAUGAGUAGGUGUUCUAAAACUUUUGACCGGUAGUGUAGUUUCUACAUUCAGUUCUUCAGAUGGAUCUGUCUGUUUUUCUGCCAUCCAGGCUGAGUUCAGUGAGAUCAACGUCAUAGCUCACUCCAACGGGUCUUGUAAUGUGGACAUGCAGGUUCUGAGGAACGGUACCAAGGUGGCCAGGUGAGACACGUGCGGACGCGCGCACAAACACACACACCACACACCACACACACACACACACACACACACACACACACACACACACAUACACACACACACACACACAAGCCAAACAGUAUUAUCUGAAAUCAUUGGCACUUCACCAGUGCCGCAAAAGGCAAUUUUUCAUAAGCAACAUACUCAAACAUCGAAUCUGAAAAUGUGCCAUUGUCACGCCCUGGCUCUGGGGACUCUUAUAUGUUGAGCCAGGGUGUGUAGGGUCUAUGUUUUGUGUUCUAUGUUCAGUUUCUAGUUCAUGUGUUUUCUAGGUUGGCCGGGGUGGUUCUCAAUCAGAGGCAACGAGAAUCAGCUGUUGCUUGUUGUCUCUGAUUGGGAACCAUACUUAGGCAGCCUGUUGUGCACUUGUGUUUUGUGGGAUCUUGUUCCGUGUAGGUUUGUGUUUGUUAACCGAGGACUUCACGUUUCGUUUGGUUGUUUUGUAUUUUGUAUCGUGUUGCCAGUACACUAUUAAAGAGAUGUACGCAUAUCACGCUGCACCUUGGUCCACUUAUUACGACGAUCGUGACAGAAGAUCCCACCAAAACAGGACCAAGCAGCGUGUCCAGGAGCGGACAGCCUGGACUUGGGAGGAGAUCUUGGACGGGCAGGGGUCCUGGACUUGGGAGGAAAUCCAGGCCGGUAUGGAUCGGCGUCCGUGGGAGGAGACGGUGGAGGCGCGCCAUAGAGAGGAGCAGCGGCGCCAACCGGGCCGACGUCGGACACGCAAGAGGCAACCCCAAUAAAAAAAUUUGGGGGGGGCACACGGCAUGGAUGACGGGGCUGCUGGAGGCAGCUACUGGGCAAGUUUGUGGAUUAGGAGAGGAGGCCACCGGGUUUGGGGGGCUGGAAGGGAGGUUGGCGGAGCCUAGAGGUAGAGCAGAGCCAACUCCCCGUACUCAGGCUAGGCAGCGUGAGACUGGGCAGGUUCCGAGGUAUGCGGAGCUGCGUACUGUGCCGCGAGUGGUCCGGCACAGUCCAGUACGCCCUGUGCGAGCACCACGCACGUGUCGUGCUAAGGUGGGCAUGCAGCCAGGACGGAGUGUGCCGGCUUAACGCUCGUGGCCUCCAGUACCCCUCCUCGGUCCCGGAUAUCCUGCGCCAGUGUCACGUGCUGUAGUGCCAAUAUGAGUACACAGCCCUGUACGUCCUGUGCUGAUGCCGCACACAGUGUGUGUAAAAAUAGGCAUUCAGCCAGGGCGGGUUGUGUCAGCUCUUCGCUCCAGACUUCCAGUCCGUCUCGCCAGCCCGGCCUGGCCUGUUCCUGCUCCCCGCACCAAGCCUAUGGUGCGCGUCGCCAGCCUGGCCCGGCCUGUUCCUGCUCCCCGCACCAAGCCUGUGGUGCGCGUCGCCAGCCCGGCCCGGCCUGUUCCUGCCCCUCGCACCAAGCCAAUGGUGCGCGUCGCCAGCCCGGCCUGUUCCUGCCCCACGCACCAAGCCAAUGGUGCGCGUCGCCAGCCCGGCCCGGCCUGUUCCUGCCCCUCGCACCAAGCCAAUGGUGCGCGUCGCCAGCCCGGCCCGGCCUGUUCCUGCUCCCCGCACCAAGCCAAUGGUGUGCGUCGCCAGCCCGGCCCGGCCUGUUCCUGCUCCCCGCACCAAGCCUGUGGUGCGCGUCGCCAGCCCGGCCCGGCCUGUUCCUGCUCCCCGCACCAAGCCAAUGGUGCGCGUCGCCAGCCCGGCCCGGCCUGUUCCUGCUCCCCGCACCAAGCCUAUGGUGCGCGUCGCCAGCCCGGCCCGGCCUGUUCCUGCUCCCCGCACCAAGCCAGUGGUGCGCUUCGUCAGCCCGGUCCGGCCCAUUCCUGCUCCCCGCACCAAGCCAAUGGUGCGCGUCGUCAGCCCGGUCCGGCCUGUUCCUGCUCCCCGCACCAAGCCAAUGGUGCGCGUCGUCAGCCCGGUCCGGCCCGUUCCUGCUCCCCGCACCAAGCCAGUGGUGCGCGACGUCAGCCCGGUCCGGCCCGUUCCUGCUCCCCGCACCAAGCCUGUGGUGCGCGUCGCCAGCCCGGUCCGGCCCGUCCCUGCUCCCCGCACCAAGCCAGUGGUGCGCGUCGUCAGUCCGGCACAGCCGGUGCCUGUUUCACCGGUGCCUGGUCAGGUACCGGUCAGCUGCUCCACACCGGAGCCUAAGCAAUCCGCUCCACCGAUGUCCAGCUCCAGCCAGCGGGACCAGACCAGGGGCGCUACGGGGGGGUUGUUAGAGGGUGGUGGUCACGCCCGGAGCCGGAUCCGCCUCCGAGGCGGAAUGCCCACCAGGCCCCUCCCCUGUUGGGUUUAUGUUGGCGCGGUCGCAGUCCGCACCUUUGGGGUGGGGUACUGUCACGCCCUGGCUCUGGGGACUCUUAUAUGUUGAGCCAGGGUGUGUAGGGUUUAUGUUUUGUGUUCUAUGUUCACGAUCUAGUUUAUGUGUUUCUAUGUUGGCCGGGGUAGUUCUCAAUCAGAGGCAACGUGAAUCAGCUGUUGCUUGUUGUCUCUGAUUGGGAACCAUACUUAGGCAGCCUAUUGUGCACUUGUCUUUUGUGGGAUCUUGUUCCGUGUUGGUUUGUGUUCAUGACCGAGGACUUCACGUUUCGUUUUGUAUUUUGUAUCGUGUUGCUAAGUACACAUUAAAGAGAUGUACGCAUAUCACGCUGCGCCUUGGUCCAAUCAUUAUGACGAUCGUGACAGCCAUGGUUGUGAAGGUCAAACCACUUUUCAUUUCUCUCUGAAGCAUCUGUGUAUUUAUGUUUUACAGGUCAUUCAAGCCUGACUUUGUCCUCAUCCUCCAACAUGCCUUCAGUAUGACCCACAAUGAGGACUUCCGUAACCUGAUCAUUGGUCUGCAGUAUGGGGGCAUCCCCAGUAUCAACUCGCUGGAGUCCAUCUACAACCUGUGUGACAAGCCCUGGGCGGUAGGCAGACAGAAGGCUGGCUGGGUGCAAUGCAUGAGACUUGUUUAUUUGUGUCUUAAGUCAGUGGCAUAACUUCACUAAUGGAUGUCUCACUAAUGGAUAUCAAAUGUUUGUCUCUAGUUUGCACAGCUAAUAAGCACCUACAGGAAGCUUGGUGCAGAGAAGUUCCCUCUGAUCGAACAGACCUUCUAUCCCAACUACAAGGAGAUGGUAAUGACCUAAUCAUGUCCUCUGAAAAUGUAGCCAUUAAUGUGGACUUAUUUUGCUUCGUUGUAUCAUGAAACCAGACAUAAAACAAUAAUGUCUGACGGUUUAUCACUCAGGUUGCCAUGCCAACGUUUCCUGUAGUUGUGAAAAUUGGACACGCUCACUCAGGAGUAGGAAAGGUAAGAAUGUUAUUAAGGCUUGAUAUUGUUAUUCUGUAGACUGUCGGGCUGCUAGUGGAGGGUGUUGGUUGGCGAGAGGUGCAUUCUGGUCUGGUUGUUAUUAUUGUUCAUUACAAAAACAAUUACAUCACAAAAAAUAAGGUUAUACUAGCAGACAAAAUACAUGGGUUUGUGUUGCCGUUUGGAGAGGACCUGGUUGUUUGAGAGAACCACUGACGACUAUCAUCUCCUAAUGUUGUUUCCUCCCUGGGUUUCUUACUGUACUUACUGUGUGUGUUGUGUCCAGGUGAAGGUGGAUAACCACAGUAAGUUCCAGGACAUAGUCAGUGUUGUGGCUCUCACCCAGACCUACACCACCACAGAGCCCCUCAUCGACUCCAAGUACGACAUCAGAAUCCAGAAGAUUGGCAAUGACUACAAGGCUUACAUGUACGUACUAUUCGCCAUUUUGUAUUUAUGAUUAUUCCUCUGUUGUAAGCUAAUGUAAACAUCUGAAAACCUUUAAAUGUUCCACAUUAGGCAUACAGUGAGGGAAAAAAGUAUUUGAUCCCCUGCUGAUUUUGUACGUUUGCCCAUGAUCAGUCUUUCAUUUUAAUGGUAGGUUUAUUUGAACCGUGAGAGACAGAAUAACAACAAAAUAAUCCAGAAAAACGCAUGUCAAAAAUGUUAUAAAUUGAUUUGCAUUUUAAAGAGGGAAAUAAGUAUUUGACCCCUCUGCAAAACAUGACUUAGUACUUUGUGGCAAAACCCUUGUUGGCAAUCACAGAGGUCAGACGUUUCUUGUAGUUGGCCACCAGGUUUGCACACAUCUCAGGAGGGAUUUUGUCCCACUCCUCUUUGCAGAUCUUCUCCAAGUCAUUAAGGUUUCGAGGCUGACGUUUGGCAACUCAAACCUUCAGCUCCGUCCACAGAUUUUCUAUGGGAUUAAGGUCUGGAGAUUGGCUAGGCCACUCCAGGACCUUAAUGUGCUUCUUCUUGAGCCACUCCUUUGUUGCCUUGGCCGUGUGUUUUGGGUCAUUGUCAUGCUGGAAUACCCAUCCACGACCCAUUUUCAAUGCCCUGGCUGAGGGAAGGAGGUUCUCACCCAAGAUUUGACGGUACAUGGCCCCAUCCAUCGUCCCUUUGAUGCGGUGAAGUUGUCCUGUCCCCUUAGCAGAAAAACACCCCGAAAGAAUUAAUGUUUCCACCUCUAUGUUUGACGGUGGGGAUGGUGUUCUUGGGGUCAUAGGCAGCAUUCCUCCUCCUCCAAACACGGCGAGUUGAGUUGAUGCCAAAGAGCUCGAUUUCUGUCUCAUCUGACCACAACACUUUUACCCAGUUCUCCUCUGAAUCAUUCAGAUGUUCAUUGGCAAACUUCAGACGGGCCUGUAUAUGUGCUUUCUUGAGCAGGGGGACCUUGCGGGCGCUGCAGGAUUUCAGUCCUUCACGGCGUAGUGUGUUACCAAUUGUUUUCUUGGUGACUAUGGUCCCAGCUGCCUUGAGAUCAUUGACAAGAUCCUUCCGUGUAGUUCUGGGCUGAUUCCUCACCGUUCUCAUGAUCAUUGCAACUCCACGAGGUGAGAUCUUGCAUGGAGCCCCAGGCCGAGGGAGAUUGACAGUUAUUUUGUGUUUCUUCCAUUUGCGAAUAAUCGCAUCAACUGUUGUCACCUCCUCACCAAGCUGCUUGGCGAUGGUCUUGUAGCCCAUUCCAGCCUUGUGUAGGUCUUCAAUCUUGUUCCUGACAUCUUUGGAGAGCUCUUUGGUCUUGGCCAUGGUGAAGAGUUUGGAAUCUGAUUGAUUGAUUGCUUCUGUGGACAGGUGUCUUUUAUACAGGUAACAAGCUGAGAUUAGGAGCACUCCCUUUAAGAGUGUGCUCCUAAUCUCAGCUCGUUACCUGUAUAAAAGACACCUGGGGUCAUAAAUCUUUCUGAUUGAGAGGUUGUCAAAUACUUAUUUCCCUCAUUAAAAUGCAAAUCAAUUUAUAACAUUUUUGACAUGGAUUUUUUUGUUGUUAUUCUGUCUCUCACUGUUCAAAUAAACCUACCAUUAAAAUUAUAAACUGAUCAUUUCUUUGUCAGUGGGCAAACGUACAAAAUCAGCAGGGGAUCAAAUACUUUUUUCCCUCACUGUAAGUAUCUGCCUUUUUUGUUGUUGUUGUGUAAUCCAGAAGUGUAAUCGAAUUAAUCCAAGACAAUUUAAUUUGUGAAUCCUUGAAUUAACAAUCAACAGGGACUUUAAUAUGUAUACCAUUUGUAUAAUGUCUCAUACAUUAUAGGAGGACUUCAAUCUCUGGCAACUGGAAGAGCAACACAGGCUCAGCCAUGUUGGAACAAGUGGCCAUGACUGACAGGUAUGAGUCCUGAACAACAGCAGUACAACACCACUGACAAUGCUUCCAUUCUAAUAGGACAAGACAAGAGAAUGCCAGACAAUAGCCUGUCUCAUUACGAAAGUCAAUUAUAAUUCAUGUAGCUCAUUAUGAAACAAUCUAAAUGUCUGUAUUGAUACAAGUUAGCACUCUGUAUUGUGUUCUCUCUGAAUGGUACACAAUUGAUUAAAGCCAUUUGAGUAAUCACACUGCUACAUGCAAAUUAUCUCUAUUAAAUAGCAUCACACUCGUCCUUGACAUAAAUCUGUUGACUGUGACACUAUGUAAGACCACUUUGUGUGAGAUCUAUCCUCCUUGGCUUGUGUUCAGGUACAAGCUGUGGGUUGACACCUGCUCAGAGAUCUUCGGAGGGCUGGAUAUCUGUGCUGUCAAAGCCAUUCAUGGAAAGGACGGGAAAGAUUACAUCACUGAGGUAGGUGUUUCCUAGUAAGUGUAAAAUAUUUCACAUCGCCUGAAAUAUUGCAGGAAUUAUUAUGAUGUAUUACCUAAUUAUUCAGCUGCUCUCAACACACAGGCAGUUUGCUUAUUAAAUAUUUUGAAAUAUUCAACAUAUUUGUUAACCAAUGUAUUACUGUAUUCCAUAACCUUGUUAGGUCGCUAUCUGGUUGUUAUGGGAACAGCAGCCUACACAUGAUAUGGUUAAAUGUUCAUGUUUCACAGAUGGCACAACUAUUGAGAGCAUGGGAUGGUAUCCAAACAUAUUUCCCUAGCCAUUCAGUUAAACCCUCACUUUAACCAAAUGUGACACACAAUCUACUGUGCUUCCUUCAUAACUUACCCACGUCCACCUUCUCUUCCUCUGGUAAUAAUACCAUCUUCUGUGUGUGUCAGGUGGUGGGGUCCUCCAUGUCGCUGGUAGGAGAGCAUCAGGCAGAGGACAGGCAGCUCAUCACUGACAUGGUGGUAGCCAAGAUGAACCAGGCAGUAGGACGGACACCCGCUGGGUCUGCUAACAGACCAACCACCAUGCAGCCGUCACAGGUAUGGUGAAGUAGGCUACAUACACCAACUGUAUGGGAAUAUGAUCAGUCAUAGUCUCACAGGUAGGCUUUUAGGAAAUCCUGUUUGAGAGCCUCCACCUGUAUUAGAGUUUAGUGUAUAAUAUCCAUAUUACUGUGUCUUAGUAACUAGUGUAUAGCUAGAUUUGUGUAUAGCCUUUGUGUAUUGCCAGAUUAGUAUAAAACCAACAUUGGAUCUAUAUUCUUGUUGGAAAAGUACAUUCUUUAAAGCAGUAUGAAAACAGAAUUGUGUCAUAAGGACAUUUAACUGUAGUGUCUCUGGGAGUAACACUUUGUUUUGUGUGUUUGCAGAGUGGUGUCCAGAAGGACCUGGUGGUUGAUCCCAAGACUGGUGCUACACGCCCUCCUCAAGGUUGUCUGCAAUACAUUCUCGACUGUAAUGGCGUUGCAGUGGGGCCAAAACCCGUCCAGGCCAACUAAUUAGCCCGCCAAAGUGGAAGUCUAUGUAAUAUUGAAAUGAUGAUGACGUACAUUAGCUGAACACAAAAGCAGAGAGGAGGGGAGGGAGUUGGGGAGUGGAGAGACGUUAGACAGACUGAGAUCUGGCUGGUGUUAAGUUUGGCCCAGAGUGUACUGCUGGCCUGGAAUGUGUUUUUCCUCUAUGCAGUGUCAAGAUGUACUGUCCACUUGUUUCCCUGUUGAUUUAGUGUGCUUGUAACGGUCGCCUCUGUUUCUCUGUAGCCGUUGUUUUCUUUGGGGCUGUUGUUGACGGUGUAAUGAGCAGAUUGUGUCUACACUGAGUCUAGUGCUGCUGUGUGUCAGGUGUUUGAUUUAGUCAUUAUUCAUCAUUUGACCCCCCCCCCCCUCCAUUUUGGUGUGUACUUUUAGAUAUUGUCAAACUGGUUUAUCGUGCAGUUUGACGUUUGUGUAUAUGUCAAUAUGUAAAUGUGGGUGCGUGUGUCUGUAGUGGUGAUUAUUUUCAUACAUAUACUAAUAUAAUAGGUAAUUAUCUUUUGUUUUGCCUGAAUGAUAUGAAGGCAGGUAACUGUAUGUUUUAAAUGUCAGAUGAUCAAUCAGGAUGUUUCUUUAGUGACAUCAAUGUUAUAGUUCCAAACUACUGUCCCUGUGAUUUAUGCAUUGUGAAUGUGUCAUAAUAUGGAAUACAUAUUGUAUAAGUUAUACAAAAUAGGUGUAUUCAUAAACAACCAAGUGUUAGAGCCAAGAAAGCUAAUGAGUACACCAACACAUACAGCAAGAUCACUUCUAUGUAGACCUUCAUUGUUUAAAAGGAGGUUUGAAACAUGUAUGAAACGUUGCUGUUUCUUUGUUCAUUAUUAGCAGAUAGACUACCCAUACUUCCCUCAGUGAACAUUGCUAUAAUAACCAACUCCUAGCAAGACAGUUCUUUGACAGUUUUAUAAAUUGUCUCUAUGCACAGAACACAGCCAUAGAUGUCUUCAUGUGUAUGAGGACAAACAUAUUAGAUAACUUACAAAAUUACAAUAGACUACUCUAGCAUUUUGAGAGAAAUAAUACAUAUUUGACUUAUUUAUUAUCACUCAGCACUUAUAAUCACAGUCCCCACACUGUAAAUAUAUAGGAUAUGUUUGUGGCAGCUGCAUUUGCGUCAGCAGAGAGGAGAGAUUGUGAUAGAGUUAGAGAGUAACUGUGAUAGUAGAAUGCUCUCAUUAAGAUUCGUUAACAGAAUGACUCUAGAGGUGUGUUCAUUAUCUAAUGAGAUUACAGUAAUAACCGUUUCCUCUUAGGUCUAUGAUGCAUGUGUAAACCUAUUUGUGAUAUUUCAGGAAGUGAAGUAGUCAAAUUAGUCCUGUCAUUUUCAAUUAUGUUGUCAAGUAAAAAACUAAAUUGUGCUUCAGUGAAAUGGUCUUACAUAAUAAUAUAUUUAAAUUACUAGGUAUAAGGUUUCUGAUACCACCAUACACAUACCGUCCAUGCUCAAUAUCAAUGACUGUAGUGGCAUUGCCAUGACAACAGGGAUGGCGCUCUGUAUUGCCGUGAUGAUAUGCGUGGAGUUAUGCUUAUGUUACUGCCAUUUAAAAAUAAUUUGACAUAUUUGCCUUAUCAUACUCCUCUGAGUUAAUGGAGAGUGCAAUAUAUAUGUUUAUAACUUUAUAUUCUUUAUAUUUUUAGUACCAGAUCUUCUUCCAUAAUUUAUUCAUAGAGCUAUAUUCACAAGUGGGAUACAAACAUUCUCCCAUAGCUACCACUGUUGUACAUUAAAAACACCUGCAUUAAGUAGUAGUUAUUAGAAGCCAUGCAUGUGUCCUAUUUGGUGAAAUGGUCGUACAACUAAGAAUACAUCUAUAUCAAGGUAAUUGUACAUGUGUGUCCCAUUCUAAAACACUUUGUUUGCUACUAACAGAAUUGUACAAACGAACUAUGUUUAGCAAGCUCAGUGUGCAAGUUAUUUUCCUAGGUGUAUGAAAUAACAUUGUGUCUGUGCAGAUAGCCUAACCCAGAGAGUAACCCUGUAAAAGCCUUGCCUGUGGCUUUAUGGUUUUGUGUUUUGAUUUGUGGAGUAAAAUGCCAUGACGUAUCUACAAAAGGGAGGAUAGAGCGGUGGCACCAAGGUCCUUAAUAGUUGCAUAGUGACGUAUUUGUUGUGGAACUAAUUGAUUAAAGAAGUUAUUGUCAGGGGAAACUCAAAAUCAGCCAUCCUGCCCAGGUGAAACUCCUUUGCUGGUUCAGUUUUUCAAACCUGCUGGGUUGCAGCUAUUUUGGACCAGGGUGACUACUAUCUGUUAAGUGUGCACUCUUGGAACUAGUGUUGAACUGUUUGAAAAAAUCCAGUACAGAUAACAAUACAUUGUAGAAAAAUUCCCCAAAUUGAUAUUUUCCCCUGUCACUGGCAAUAAAGCUUCCUUUGCAAUAUAUGUUCAGUCUGUGUUGCCAUAUUUGUUAUGGUUGUAUAAAAACACUAGGCCUAUAUCAACGAGCAAAUCACCCUAUAUUGUGUCACUAUGUACAGUAUAUACAGUGGAUAGGGACUCUUUAAAAAGUCAGUUUAUAGAAAGUUAUGUGGAGCAAGAGAACCAACAACAAACACAGGCGAAGAAAGGUCAGAACACAAUAUCAAUUUACUUUAAUUUUAAGACC